AUGAAGCGCUUUUUUAAGGGAGGCUCUCCUGUAUCCUCUGUUAAACCCACCGUUGAAGCUCUUGGAUUUGGAGAAUGGAACGCAAAUAUCGAUACUCUUAGCCCGACGGAUCUUCAAGCCCUUUAUAACACGGCGCAAUUUCUAUGGAAUCCUCCUCAACCUUCUGCUUCUUCGUCCGUAUCCUCUUCUAACCAUACUGUACCUCCGUCUGAUUUGAAUGUUAAUGAACAAGGCAUGUCGCGCAGCCAGCGAGAACUUUCUAUUGCUCAACGACGCAGAAAGAGGCUCAGUUGUUCGGGACGCAGCAAUGUGCACGACCUUGUUGGCAUUUCGUGGAAGGAGGAGAGAGACCUGCGCAAGGCCAUUUACGACUCUCUGCGAGAAAAGAACAUCCCCUCUCCACUGAAGUCGCGUCUUAUGCGUGCUCCGAAGCUGCCCCGAUCUACUCUGGCCUCAUCUAAGAAAACGAGCAAGUCUUCUGACUCGGCAAAGAACGACAAAGCGCGAGAGGAGGCGCCGAUUUCAGCCAAUCCGCAUCCUCGGAAGUCGCGUCCCCUUCCCGGGAGCCUGUCCCACCAGUUCCUCCUCACCACGUCGUAUUCUCGCUCUCUGGCCAUCUCUAUCGCCUCCGCGGCCAGGCGAACCCUCAAUCGGUCCUCGCAAAGGCAGCGACUUCAGCCGAAGAACCUCGUCGUCAAUCCUUCCACCCGUCUGCCCCUCAAACACUUCAUCAAACGACCAAGAUCGCCCAUUAAACGGUACCCCAUCGCCCACGUCAAACCUGGGUCACCUGUUUGUAGCCAACCGAACGGGAGCAACGUCGGCAGCCUCCUGGAUGAGACCUACGAGGUAUUGGUUGAAGGCGAGGACGGCGACUUUGUCCCCCAACUUGUUUCUGCAAGUCCGAAGCCAGCGAGACCGGCAAAGGCGGUGGAGGUUGAGGAGGAGGUCUCGAUUAGUCUCGCGCCCGACGCUGUACCGCCCUCUCUGUGGCAGGACUCCAGCGGGCGUCCCGUGAACACGCACGACUUUGUCGACUUCCUCUGCUACUACGGAACACCAUGUUUGACCAAGAAGUUGGCGUGGUUCGCUACUCCCCCUAGUCUGCGUCAUUUUCCCUCCGAGCGCAAAUUAUCGACUCCUCCGUCGAAAUCUGCCACCGCAAUUUGCCAUCGGUCGACGGCCGCUGUGGUUGCUUCGACGCCGACUCCGCGUCUCCCAACUCCCAAGACCCCAAUCUUCGUGGCUCGUAAGACCGCGUCAGUGAGCGUCCCGUCGGUGGCUGCCAUGUCUCCCCCCCUACACCGGCCUCCAUCGAAAGACCGCCUCCCUAGGCCUGCUUCCCCAAACCUUAACGAGGUGUCCGUAAGCAACGGUAAGAAGGGGUUGGAGUCGCCGCCAUCUCCCAUCUGUAUCGAUUUGAGUGACUUACCAGGAGCUCUCUGUGGAGGUCAAAUUGAGGAGAAACGGGUCUUCGAGUUCCAGAAGGUCCUCUCGUUUUGCGUCCCCGCCCAAUUCACCCAUUCACUCGCACCCGUUUCCGCGUUGUGCUCGACCCGGACUCCGCUCACAGGAGUUACGAAGAACCAGACAGCACCAGCAACAGCGCACCUAACAUCACCUUUGCAAAAUGAAGAUAACGAGUCUCUUUCCAGUGACAAGAUUGGUUUCAGUGAUUCCGAGAGUUCGAUGGAGAUAGGAACUCCUGAACGACCUUCACCGGUCAAACGGUUGCCCGUAGCUCCGUUUCACCCAACCCCUCGUCCUCUCCAUCGUAUUGGCGAGGAAGAUGAAGAGGAAGAUGACGAAAAUUUAACAGUCCAAAUGUCUUCUCAACCAUCUGCAGAUUUUCAAACUAUUGAAAUGAACUCUCACCCCUCUUUAUUUGACGAGGAUUCGUCCGUUGUCCAAAUGUCAUCUCAACCAUCUACGGCAGCUGAUGAAUGUGAAACCGCCGUUCAAGUGAUUCCUAACGCUACCAAACCUCAGAGCAUCACCAUGGCUAUUACUGCCCAGGUCUUCCCUUCUUUAGUUGAUGAUUCGAACAAAGAAAACCUUUCCCAGCCACUGCAUAUUCGUGCUCGGAAAUCAUGUGAGAAGGAGAGCAUUCAAGACAAUGAAGCGCACUUAAGGAAUCAACGGAAGCCCCUGAUGUCAAGGGUUGCCCCUGCUUCCCCUCAAAGCUCCGCUAGCUCCCUCGAAGAAGAUCCAAUAUGCGCACUUGUUAGCAAGUCCACUGUCUCAGUAGAAGGUGAAAAGGAGCUACGUGCCCUGAAACGUGUUGAACUGGCCUCUGCUUCGAGUGACGUGCUGGCAGUAUGUGAAAACGAGGUGCGCCUACUUUUAUCCCUUCGGGACUCCGGCCGCGUUAUUGCUCUUUACAGCUAUGAACUGUCAUCUAAUCACUUGGUGAUGGUUCUGGAACUCGCAGAGCAAGAUCUCAAGUCACAUCUGAAAUUGCGCCAGGAAAAUGGGCCUCUCUCCUAUCCCGUGAUCACCUUCUUUUGGACUGAGAUGCUCGCCUGUGUCAAGGUCAUCCACGAUCGACAGGUUGGGCCGGGGGCUGGCGGUGGGAGUGGCUGUUACAUCAACGUGUCUGGGUGA